AUGUCAAACCCGCCGCAAAAGAAGGCGAUCCGUAAUCCCGGCUCCGGCGCCGGCGGGCCGGCGGGCGGCUCGCGGGGGCCGGCGGGGAACACGGUGAAGUUCGCACGGCGGACGGCGAGCGGGCGGUACGUGAGCCUGUCCCGGGAGGACAUCGACAUGGAGGGCGAGCUGGCGGCGGACUACACCAACUACACGGUGCAGAUCCCGCCCACGCCCGACAACCAGCCGAUGAUGGACCAGGCGUCCGUGGCCAUGAAGGCCGAGGAACAGUACGUCUCCAACUCGCUCUUCACCGGCGGGUUCAACAGCGUCACGCGCGCCCACCUCAUGGACAAGGUCAUCGAGUCCGAGGUGACGCACCCGCAGAUGGCCGGCUCCAGGGGCUCCCGCUGCGCCAUGCCCGCCUGCGACGGCAAGGUCAUGCGCAACGAGCGCGGCGAGGACAUCGACCCCUGCGAGUGCAGGUUCAAAAUCUGCCGCGACUGCUACCUGGACGCGCAGAAGGAUGGCUGCAUCUGCCCGGGGUGCAAGGAGCACUACAAGAUCGGCGAGUACGCCGAGGACGACCCCAACGACGCGUCGUCGGGGAAGCACUACCUGCCGGGGCCCGGCGGCGGCAUGAUGAACAACAGCAAGUCCCUGCUGGCGCGGAACCAGAACGGUGAGUUCGACCACAACCGGUGGCUCUUCGAGAGCUCCGGCACCUACGGCUACGGCAACGCCUUCUGGCCCACGGGCGGCAUGUACGACGACGACCUGGACGACGAGGGCGGCCCCGGCGGCGGCGGCGACGGCAUGCUCCCCGAGCAGAAGCCAUUCAAGCCGCUGACCCGCAAGAUACCCAUGCCGACGUCCAUCAUCAGCCCCUACCGGAUCUUCAUCGUCAUCCGGAUGUUCGUGCUCCUCUUCUACCUCACGUGGCGCGUCCGCAACCCCAACAUGGAGGCGCUCUGGCUCUGGGGCAUGUCCAUCGUGUGCGAGCUCUGGUUCGCCUUCUCCUGGCUGCUGGACAUGCUCCCCAAGGUGAACCCCGUGAACCGGAGCACGGACCUCGCGGUGCUCAAGGAGAAGUUCGAGACGCCGUCGCCGUCCAACCCGCACGGCCGCUCCGACCUGCCGGGGCUGGACGUGUUCGUGUCCACGGCCGACCCGGAGAAGGAGCCCGUGCUCACCACGGCCACCACCAUCCUGUCCAUCCUGGCCGCGGACUACCCGGUGGAGAAGCUGGCGUGCUACGUGUCCGACGACGGCGGCGCGCUGCUCACCUUCGAGGCCAUGGCGGAGGCGGCCAGCUUCGCCAACAUCUGGGUGCCCUUCUGCAAGAAGCACGACAUCGAGCCCCGGCAGCCGGACAGCUACUUCAGCAUCAAGGGCGACCCGACCAAGGGCAAGCGGCGGUCGGACUUCGUCAAGGACCGCCGCAAGGUGAAGCGGGAGUUCGACGAGUUCAAGGUGCGCAUCAACGGCCUGCCGGACUCCAUCCGCCGGCGCUCCGACGCCUUCAACGCCCGCGAGGACAUGAAGAUGCUCAAGCACCUCCGCGAGACCGGCGCCGAUCCGGCCGAGCAGCCCAAGGUGAAGAAGGCGACGUGGAUGGCGGACGGCACGCACUGGCCGGGGACCUGGGCCGUGUCGGCGCCCGACCACGCAAAGGGAAACCACGCCGGCAUCCUGCAGGCACUGACAUUGAUUGAUUAUUGA